AACUCACCUACAACUGCAACUGCAACUGAAAUAGCCACAACUCAAGCAACAACCUCAAACACAAUCCAGUCAGUUCUUGUUAGUUUUUCCAGCAAUGAAACUUUUGACAACAACCUGUUAGAUGCAGCUUCAGAGGCAUACAUAAGCAGAGAAAAGAAAGUCGUUAAUGAGUUGGAUCCAUUAUUUAAAAGGAAAAUCCCUUCCUACAAAACCAUGAAAGUUUCUCGGUUCUCACAGGGGUCAAUCAUCACUGAACUGAAUGUGACAUUUGGAACCUUACCCACAAACCAAGACAUAAAAGAAACCAUCAUGCUAGCUAAUGACACUCUUAAAAUCACCAGUGUAACAGUAUUGGACCCCUUCGCCACAACUACCAAAGCCACGCCAACCACGCCAACCACAACUACAACUGCCAACCUUAAUACAACAACAACAGCAACAGCAACCACCUCAACAACAACAACAACAGCAGCAACCACCACCACAACAACAACAACAGCAGCAACCACCACCACAACAACAACAACAGCAACCACCACGACAACAGCACCAGCACGUCCUCCGCCAUCUGUAGCUAUACAGAUUGUUAUUAUAGCGAUAUAUGUUCCAGCACUGGCAGACAACAACUCUCCAGAAUUUAAAAACCUAGCCACAAAAGUAGAGAACAUGUUUGAUGAAGUCUAUAAAAAAAGGUUUGGGGAUCGUUUUAUCAGGACCAUCGUAAUUGCGUUCAUAGCUUUUGCCAGAUCCCGGGCAGAAUCAAACGUACAGGCGGAGGUUGAGCUGGUGUUUAGUCAAGAGUCCACUGAACCGAUCCCCAGCAACUCUGACAUUGUGGAGACUCUAAAAGAAGCAGCUGCUAAUUCAACUGCAGGCUUCAACCUCACCCUUGAUGCCACCUCUAUUACUGUCAUUAAAUCAGUGAAGACAAUUCCACUGACAAUCCUCACCAAUGGAACCUUUGUGGCUGCUCUUUCCAAUAAAAGUUCUUCUGAAUUCCAGAGCAGAGCUUCGAUGAUCAAAACAGGGCUUGAACCCUUUUUCCUUGCUGAUUACCCUGCAUCAUUCAGCCUCAUAUCCAUAACAAACUUCAGUGAAGCCAAUGUAAAAUCAAGGAGUGUGCCCACGCUCCAAAACAGCAUGGAUCUUGUAUUCGGAGCGGAUGCUGUUCUACCCAAUAGCACGCAGAUAGUGAACACUGUAGUUCGAGCAGCCAGAAACAACACGUUGACCUUCCAGAUCUUCACUUCUUCAAUUAUAAUAAAUGGAACAACAUAUUCAUCAGCUGAAGUCAGCAGCAGGAUCAGUGUAUUGACCGCUUCAGUCCUGGUUGCUGUGUCACUUCUGUUUCCACGGUUCAACUGACCAUAACCACUUAUGUCUAUAUAAGUGAUUCAGACAGGUCUGAAUCUUGCCUUCCACGUCUGCUCACAUGAAGGACUCAAAUGAAGUUACUGAUGCUGCUUAAUGAGUAGCAAUGAAAGUACUAUUUUACAUAACCUAUUCUGAAAACUUCAAAAUAGAUCUAAGCUAUAAUUUAUAUGUGUAUUCUGGAUUUGUAUGUACCUGCAUGUUUUCAUAGAUUUACUUCAGAACCCAUAAAACGAGCAACAGUUUUAAAUAAGCCAUCCUCAGAUCAUAACUCAUUACUUCACUUAGAUUAAACAUAACUAUACAUAUUUAAAGAAAUGCUAUCAUGUGCUGACAGAAGAAGAAGGUCGAUGUAAACUUUGAUCUCUUUAGAUAAUUCCACUUUAAUAUUGAAAUAUCAAACUCAAACUAUUGUCUCAUGCACGCAUACUUGUAGCCCUUUUGAAAUGCAGCAUUGCCGCUCCUCUGAAACCGAACGUAAGCCAUGCAUUGGAAAAUGUUAAAGGUCUUUUUUAUGCUGGCUGACUCUGAAGAGUCUUCAAUGGGUUUUGAUAAGCGAAAGGAUGCUUUUAAAACCUGUAAUACAACUCGGAAGAAUGACAUAAAGCUACAGGAUAUGACAUCAGAAACGUCCGGGGGAGAAACUCAAGAUGGUCUGAUACCAUUACAUAUUAACACGAAAACCUGUACAACAACAGCAUGCUUCUUAGUUAAGCUAGACACACAUUUUCAUGCACUUGUAUCAUACCAGUAUUUUCUAAAUUAUUUAUUCUAAAGAAAAAAAUAUCUAUCCAAUAUUUUCAAUGUUAAUUUAAUUCUGAACUCAAAGGGAUUUUCUGUGAAUUUGUGAGAAAUGUAUUGCUUUGUUGAUAUUGUUCACGCUGGAUGUAGUAAACAAUAUAAUGGAUACCAAGAGCACAAGUGAAAUGAUCAUAGAGCACAGUGAGUAUAUACAAGCACUGUUAGAUUGUAUGGGUGUAUUUCAAUUGUAUGGAUGUGUUUCAAUUCUGUAUAUGUAAUAUUUAUUACCUUUCUGGAUAACAGUUGCAUCUAAGUGAUAAAUCAGAUCUGGUGACACAAGUAGAAGUAUAACGGUGGUAUAUAAAAGCAAUCAUUCUCAUUUUUA